CAGACCCAAUAUUUUUUCACCUAAAGUUGUCUCCUUUUUUCCCUCUUUUGUGUGUGGGUGUGUGUAUGGGCAUGAUUGGAGAGCUUUGCCUGCUGCAGUUUUGCAUUGGCUCUGAAAUCCUUAAAGAAAAGUUUCCCAAGAUUACACAUCACACCCCCUAAACUUUCACUAAAACUAGAGAAGGCAGCAAUACCUAUGCAUUUUGACUCCCCCCUAAAAUUGACUUCCCUUUCAAUCCUCUCCCCCCCCCCCCCCCCCCCCCCCCCCACACCUUCUUGAUUCUUCAAACUCCAAGGCAUUUUCCAUCCAAAGGACUGGACCAUAACUUGUUCUUUAAUCUUUGAGUUCCAAAUCUGCCCUUAAUCCAUCUUCAUGAACAAUGAGGUGGUGGGGUUUUAGCAAGAAACAGAAGAUGAGUUUGGGUUUUUUGUCUCUUCUUCUUCUCCUACUUCUACAGAUGAAAGCUCCAAACUACUAUGCAGAUGAUGGCCACCUCAGCAAUGGAGAUUCCCAUAGAUUAAAAAGGGUCAAACCCAUUUCUGGUGUGGGGUUGACUGCUCGGAAAUCCCACCAUCGGAUCCCUAAAGCAGCCACAAAUUUGGGCGGCCAUGAUGAAGAGAAGAAGGAAGAUGAUAUUUUUGGUGCUGAUAAGAGGAGAGUCCGUACAGGUCCCAAUCCUUUACACAACAGAUAAGUAGCAGAUCAGUGUUGUAACUUGUAAGUUAAGAGAUAUACUCAUCUCUAGAUUUUUGUUUUUCUUUUCUUUUUCGUGUUUCUUGAUUUCAUUUCCCAUUUGAUUUAUAUAAUAUCUAGCCGCUUGUUUUUUUUUUUCAAUUUAAAAUGGUUACCCUCAUACUAGUAUUACUUAUUCAUAUGUUUGGCUCAGUUUAUUGAGGGGCAUGAGGGCAUUAAGUACUACAGAUCAAUGUUUCCAGAAAUCUUGAAUUUGUACAUUCACA